AUGUCUUGUCAACUGACUUUCAUUCACAUAAUGAUGGUCCUCACUGGAGGGGACAUUUGGCUUACAGACAUAUUUGAGUCACUGAACAUUAAGAAUGACUUCAAAUGUAAAGCAACUUUCUCCAUACAAAGGGUGAUGAGAGGCCUCUCCAUCUGCUUCACCUGCCUCCUGAGUGUGUCCCAGACUGUCACUAUCUGUCCUAGCACCUCCUUGUUGGCAAAAUUUAAACAGAAACUAAAAAAAUACAUAAUCAAAGCUUCCUUCUUUAUUUGGUCUUUCAAUUUGUCCUUCAGUAGUAGCCUGAUCUUCUAUGUUGGUGCUUAUAUCAACAUGAGUGAGACCAGCCAGAUGGAGGUCACUAAAUUCUGCUCAGUCUUCCCCAUGAACUCCAUCAUAAGGGGAUUGAGUUUAACAGUGGCAACCUCCAGAGAUGUGUUCCUUGUAGGAGUCAUGCUGACCACAAGCACAUACAUGGUGAUUGUCUUGUUCAGAUAUCACAGGCAAUGCAAGCAUCUGCAUUGCAUCAGUCACCUGAGAACAUCCCCUGAGAAAAAGGCCACCCAGACCAUCUUGCUGCUGGUGGUUUUCUUUGUGUUCCUGUACUGGGUGGACUUCAUCAUUUCAACGACCUCAUUCUUAUUAUAG